AUGCCUGACAUCAAGUUAAUGCCAGGGCUUGUAGAGACGCCAGAAACCAAGCUACCAUUACCAGAACGGUCCCACGACUCUGGGAAUUAA